AUGGAGAGGCACUCGAAGCCGACCCCUGUGUGGUUUUGUCCCUCGCAGGUUUAUGACAUGGAACACACGUUCUUCAGCCGCGGCGAGAAGAAGAAGAUUGUGAUGGAGAUCGACCCGCUGGCCAGAACAGAGACCUUCAGGAGCGGGAACGGCAGUGAGGAAAUCCUGGAGAUCCAUGACUUCAAAAACGGAAUAACUGGCAUCUUCUUUGUGGGCCUUCAAAAAUGUUUCAUCAAAACUCAGACUAAAGUCCUACCUGAGACAACGGAGGCCAAGAUCCCCGAGCUUGAGGGAGAAGAAAUCACAACCACCUACUUUGAGCAGUCCGUGGUCUGGGUGCCUGGGGAAAAACCCAUUCAGAACAAGGAGUUCCUGAAGAGCUCCAAAAUUUUUGACAUCUGCAGAAACGUGACCAUCUACUGGAUCCACCCCACGCCCAUAGCAGCUCCUGAGCCGGCCGACCUUGAAGGGGCAGAAGAAGAUGACCCUGACCUGCUGGACAACCAGAGCUGGUUGGAUGGGGGGAGCGAACACGAGGCGGAGAAGGACGCACAGCCAGGACCCAAGC